UGAGUGACAGCCGAGGCGUGCUGCGCUCCUACCGGGCUUGGCUGUGUUUUUCUGCACUUGUCACCGUUCAGGUCCCUCUCUGUAGGAACCGAGGAGUUGAGUGACUCGCCCAAGGUCACCCAGCUGCAGCGUCGGGACCAGAACGUGGCUUGGCCUGCGAGCGCAGCUGGUGUCUCUUAGCCACCGGUUUGAGAUCCGUGGGGCGGUGGGGUUCCCUUGCCUCUGGUCCUAACGGUGUGCUUUGUGGAAAUUUAGACCUCGGGUUUGUGUGUUGGAGUAUUGCACGACGACUUCAGAAAGAAAAAGAAAGAAAAAAAGUGUGCAUCGUUGCACAAACUAUUCACAGACGGCUGCAGUCAAGAUGGGCUUUGCCAUAGUGGUAUCAGCCUCCCGCAAACCCCUGAGUCCCUUCACUGUAACACAGGCAGGGUGUCAGGUGUUGUGGAGGUGCCAAAUGAGGUCUGGUACUUGAGGAGCUUUGCGGUCUAGGUGAGCGUGCUGAGAAUGAUGAUUGGCAGAGUCCGUUGAUUUAAGGCCAGUUAAACGAAUGCCAUUGUGGUUCUUCACACAGGGGCGAUGGCUCGGGGGUUAGAGGGAUUGGUUAAAAGCCUUAUGAGGUUCAUCUGGAGGCUCACCUGCUGGGGCUAAGGAUGCACAAGGUAGUUGACUGAGGGAAUCUGUGCUCAGUAUUGAUUGGUCUCUCUAUAUAGGAAGCCCUUUUUCUGUGAAACAAACCAUGGUCGGUCAGUGGUCGUUCCUGAAGCCAUCAUAGCUCAAAUAAAGGUGUGUCAACCUGCAGCAGCAGAGCUGAGCUGUUUUCCCAGCAUCAUCAGCCCCCCCUGUCAGAGAGUGAAGAAGAAGAUGAAAUUGAAAUGGAAGUUGAAGACCAGGACAGCAAAGAAGCAAAAAAACCAAACAUCAUAAAUUUUGACACGAGUCUGCCAACCUCACACACGUAUCUGGGCGCUGACAUGGAGGAGUUCCAUGGCAGGACUUUGCAUGACGACGACAGUUGUCAGGUGAUCCCGGUGCUCCCACAGGUGAUGAUGAUCCUGAUUCCCGGGCAGACUUUACCUCUACAGCUGUUUCGCCCUCAAGAAGUCAGUAUGGUGCGGAAUUUAAUUCAGAAAGAUAGAACCUUUGCAGUUCUUGCAUACAGUAAUAUACAGGAAAGGGAAGCACAGUUUGGAACGACAGCAGAGAUAUAUGCCUAUCGAGAAGAACAAGACUUUGGAAUUGAAAUAGUGAAAGUGAAAGCAAUUGGAAGACAAAGGUUCAAAGUCCUGGAACUCAGAACACAGUCAGAUGGAAUCCAGCAAGCUAAAGUGCAAAUUCUUCCUGAAUGUGUGUUGCCUUCAACCAUGUCUGCAGUUCAGUUAGAAUCCCUCAAUAAGUGCCAGAUAUUUCCUUCAAAACCUGUCUCAUGGGAAGACCAGUAUUCAUGUAAAUGGUGGCAGAAAUACCAGAAGAGAAAGUUUCAUUGUGCAAAUCUGACUUCGUGGCCCCGCUGGCUGUAUUCUCUGUAUGAUGCUGAAACCUUGAUGGAUAGAAUUAAGAAACAGCUACAUGAGUGGGAUGAAAAUCUAAAAGAUGAUUCUCUUCCUUCAAAUCCAAUAGAUUUUUCUUACAGAGUGGCCGCGUGUCUUCCUAUUGAUGAUGUAUUAAGAAUUCAGCUCCUUAAAAUCGGCAGUGCCGUCCAGCGGCUUCGCUGUGAAUUGGACAUCAUGAACAAAUGUACUUCCCUUUGCUGUAAACAAUGUCAAGAAACAGAGAUCACAACCAAAAAUGAAAUAUUCAGUUUAUCCUUAUGUGGGCCCAUGGCAGCAUAUGUGAAUCCUCACGGAUAUGUGCAUGAGACACUGACCGUGUAUAAAGCUUCCAACUUGAACCUGAUAGGCCGGCCUUCAACAGAGCACAGCUGGUUUCCUGGGUAUGCAUGGACCAUCGCCCAGUGUAAGAUAUGUGCAAGUCACAUCGGAUGGAAAUUCACAGCCACCAAAAAAGACAUGUCACCUCAAAAAUUUUGGGGUUUAACUCGAUCUGCUCUUUUGCCCACAAUCCCAGACACUGAUGAUGAACUGAGCCCAGACAAAGUGAUACUUUGCUUGUAAACAGAAGUGGUAUGGAUAGGAAUCUAACAAAUUGGUAUUCUCAUAUCUGCUUUGGAAAUUAAUGCCUAAAAUGUAUCACUUAACAGCAACAUUACAUGGUGGCCUGCUGACUCACCCAAGUUGGAGAAGAGGAGGAGAGUAGACCACAGCUUGUUUUCUGGAGUGUUAUCCCACAGGUCUGUUCUGGUUCUGUGACAGGACCUGGAGUUAUACAUACCAAAUUACUCCUCUUCUGGCAGCGGCGAAGCAGUGCACGUUUCUUUUUGAAAGAUGCAGGUCUGUGUAUAUUGUUACUUUCAAAGGAGUUUGUUUCUUUCAGUUUUCUGUAGCUUCUGAGAGAUACUGAUUUGUAAAUUUUGAAAAUAUUAAAACAUGCACUUUUAGCCUGAAAAAGA